AUGGAGCAAACACGCUGUGCGCUCUGGGCAGCCACGUUAACCACGCUGGCGCUGCUGAGCGGACCGCCAGUGACGCGGGCUGGCGCGGGCUUGGCGGGCGCGGGCCCCGUGGUGCGCUGUGAGCCUUGCGACGCGCGCGCGUUGGAGCAGUGCGCGCCGCCGCCCUCGGCGCCCGCGUGCACCGAACUGGUGCGCGAGCCAGGCUGCGGGUGUUGCCUGACGUGCGCGCUGCGCGAGGGGCAGCCAUGUGGCGUGUACACCGAGCGCUGCGGCACCGACCUGCGCUGCCAGCCGCAGCCCGCAGAGCCGCGUCCGCUCCAGGCUCUACUGGAUGGCCGCGGGCUCUGCACUAACGCCAGCGCUGCAGACCGCCUGCUGGACUAUCUGCUGCACAAACCACCGGCGUCAGGGAAUGCCAGUGAAUCAGAAGAAGAGCACAAUGCUGGGGGCAUGGAAAACCCAGAUCCCGCCAGCACACAUCGGGUGCCAGACUCCAAAUUGCAUCCCCUCCACACCAAGAUGGACGUCAUCAAGAAGGGUCAUGCCAAGGAAAGCCAACGCUACAAACUAGACUAUGAGUCUCAGAGCACGGACACCCAGAACUUCUCCUCGGAAUCCAAACGGGAAACAGAAUAUGGCCCUUGCCGCAGAGAAAUGGAAGACACACUGAAUCACCUCAAGUUCCUCAAUGUGCUGAGCCCCAGAGGUGUGCACAUUCCGAACUGUGACAAGAAGGGCUUUUAUAAGAAAAAGCAGUGCCGCCCUUCCAAAGGGAGAAAGCGAGGCUUCUGCUGGUGUGUGGACAAGUAUGGGCAGCCACUCCCCGGCUACAAUGCUAAAGGGAAAGGUGACGUUCACUGCUACAACAUGGACAGCAACUAG